AUGAGGCUGGCUCCAAAUGAAGUGCUGGGGAUGGGACAAAAAAACAGGUAUCGUCGUCUGCUCUGGAGACUGAAGCAGCACAAACCGUUUCCGCACCUGGACCACCGCCUGCGCCCGCUCCGACCCGAGGAGAGAGGAGACGAGGAGGAGAACGAGGAGGAAGGACAGAGGGAGGAGAGAGAAGAGAGGGAGCAGCAGGCGGGAGACAGAGAGGAGAGGGAGGAGAGGGACGUCCCGGUCCUGAACCGCCUGAGACGGUCCAGCGCCGGACGAAGCUCAACACGAAAAAUGUGGAAGGCAGCUCAACAGAAUUCUCGCUUCACGAAGUCGGACUUGAACCUGCUGCAGUUGAUCAAAGCUGGAAAAGAAGGAGUUUUCUACAAAGCUCGAAUGACCAGAGGAACCUGCAAAGGACACAACAUGGUCACCUGCAAGAUCAGCAAAGAAGGAGUUCGGGUGAAGCACGUGGAGACUGAAGUGUCCAUCAUGAGGAAACUGGUCCAUCACAAGAACAUCCUGCAGCUGCUGGACUGGAACACAGCAGAAGAGCCGUUCGUGCUGAUCCUGGAGUUCGUGAGCUACGGAACGUUACGGACUUUUCUCCAGAUGAACCGACAGACUCUGACCUCUGACCCCGACCUGCAGAGUCUGCUCACCAUCGCCUCCUACCACAUCGCCCUGGCACUGCAGCACCUGCGCUUCAAGAACAUCGUUCACUGUGACCUGGCUCUGCGUAACAUCAUGGUGGAUAAGUUUCCGUGGGAGGUGAAACUGUCGGAGUUCGGUUUGGCUCGAGAUCUGACCAAGAUGACGAGUCGGAAGAGCAGCCGCUGGAGAAACCCACGGCAGCGUGUUCCUCUGCGCUGGUAUCCUCCUGAAUACUUCAAAAACAACUACUACAGUUUCAAAGGCGACGUCUGGGCGUUCGGCAUCGUGCUCUGGGAGAUGUGGACCUUCGGGACUCUCCCGUACCCGAACCUGCAGACCUCCGAGGCCGUGGUCUAUCACAUCUGCAUCGGACACAAGAACUCCAACCCCGAAGGCUGCCGGCCCGAGAUUCUUCACGUGAUGAGGGACUGCUGGCUGGAGCCGUACACUCUGAGACCGUCCUUCUCCGACAUCGUGAGGAUGCUCGAGAACAUCAUGGAAAACGACGCGGAUUAUGUGGAUGUAGAAAAUCCAGAACCACAGAACGAAGCAAAAUAUCACCGAGCCAGUCUCCAGGGAGACCAGGACUAAACCAGGACUAAACCAGGACUAAACCAGGACUAAACCAGGACUAAACCAGGACUAAACCAGGACUAAACCAGGACUAAACCAGGACUAAACCAGGACUAAACCAGGACUA